AUGGGGCUCCCGCUGCGGCUUCGGGACCGGGUCCCAGUGUCCGGUCCGGCCAUGGAGCUCCCGCUGCGGCUUCGGGACCGGAUCCCAGUGUCAGAUCCGGCUAUGGAGCUCUCGCUGCGGCUUCGGGACCAGAUCCCAGUUGUCCGGUCCGGCUAUGGAGCUCCCGCUGCGGCUUCGGGACCGGAUCCCAGUGUCCGGUCCAGCUAUGGAGCUCCCGCUGGUGCCGCUUCGGGACCGGAGCCUAACAUUGCUGAGGAGCCGGCGGCAUACAACUUUGAGUACGCCGUGAAGGACGAGGAGAGCGGCAACGACUUCGGUCAGCAGGAGACCCGAGACGGUGACAGCACCUCGGGCUCCUAUUACGUGCUGAUGCCGGACGGCAGGAUGCAGAUUGUCAAUUACUCCGUGGACGGAGACUCCGGCUUCGUUGUCGACAUCCAGUACGAGGAGCCAGAGCUCAGUGGUGCCGCCUCGGGACCUGAGCCCAGAGCUUCGUACGGAUACUAG